AUGGCGAAUGUUGUUCAAUCAAUUCGGUUCACCGCAACGGCACCUUCCUCCGGUACCGGGAAUCUUGAUGCGCUCAAUAGAGUGCUCGGGGACCUCUGCAGCAAAGGAAGUCCCAAGGAGGGGGCAACAUUAGCAUUGAAAAGACUCGUGGAGGAAGAAGCUCGUGAUCUCAGUGGGGAAGCAUUUUCUCGUUUCAUGGAUCACCUAUAUGAUCGCAUUAAUAGUCUUCUGGAGAGUAAUGAAGUUACUGAUAACUUGGGGGCUUUACGGGCUAUGGAUGAAUUGAUUGAUGUUUCAUUUGGUGAAAAUGCAUCAAAGGUUUCAAGAUUUUCCAAUUACAUGCGGACUGUGUUUGAGUCUAAGCGUGACCGCGAGAUUCUGGUUGUUUCUAGUAAGGUAUUGGGUCAUCUGGCUAGAGCUGGUGGGGCGAUGACAGCUGAUGAAGUUGAGCGCCAGAUUAAAAAUGCUCUGGAGUGGCUUCGUGGAGAUAGAAUUGAAUAUCGACGUUUAGCUGCUGUUUUAAUACUGAAAGAAAUGGCUGAAAAUGCUUCCACAGUAUUCAAUGUUCAUGUACCUGAAUUUGUUGAUGCAAUAUGGGUUGCUCUUCGUGAUCCGUCAGUUGAAGUCCGUGAACCUGCUGUGGAGGCACUGCGUGCUUGCCUCCGUGUAAUUGAAAAGCGUGAGACACGGUGGCGUGUCCAGUGGUAUUAUCGUAUGUUUGAGGCUACUCAAGAUGGUUUGGGCAAAAAUGCUCCCAUCCAUAGCAUACAUGGUUCUCUACUUGCAGUCGGGGAGCUCCUAAGAAACACAGGGGAGUUUAUGAUGUCAAGAUAUAGAGAAGUGGCUGAAAUUGUACUUAGAUACUUGGAGCACCGAGAUAGGCUUGUUCGGCUCAGUAUCACAUCUCUCCUUCCCCGCAUUGCCCAUUUCCUGCGUGAUCGUUUUGUGACGAACUAUUUAACGAUUUGCAUGAAUCACAUACUUCAUGUCCUCAAAAUACCCGCAGAGCGUGCCAGUGGGUUUAUUGCUCUAGGAGAGAUGGCUGGUGCAUUGGACGGGGAGCUCAUUGACUAUUUGCCGACAAUUACAACUCAUUUACGUGAUGCAAUUGCUCCUCGUAGAGGUCGUCCAAUACCGGAGGCUUUAGCUUGUCUUGGAAAUUUAGCAAAAGCAAUGGGCCCUAAGAUGGAACCUCAUGUCCGUAGUCUCUUGGAUGCCAUGUUCUCUGCUGGUCUCUCUCCUACCUUAGUAGAAGCUCUUGAUCAAAUAUCCAUCAGCAUUCCGUCCUUGCUACCUACUAUUCAAGACCGGCUGCUUGAAUGCAUUUCAGUUGUUCUUACGAGAUCCCAUUCUAAUCAAUCAAGGCCUGUGGUGGCCGUGACUCGAGGGAAUGUUGCCAAUGCUAUUCAACCUGUGUCAGAACUUAGUGGAUCUGCCUUUGUUCAACUUGCUUUGCAGACUCUUGCUAAGUUCAAUUUCAAAGGCCAUGAUCUUCUCGAGUUUGCUCGGGAAUCUGUUGUGGUGUAUCUCGAAGACGACGAUGGAGGAACAAGGAAAGAUGCUGCCUUAUGUUGCUGCAAGCUAGUUUCAAAUUCCUUUACUGGCACACCUAUGCAGUUCAGUUCUAGCAGGACCAGUCGUGCUGGAGGCAAGCGCCGCCGUUUUGUUGAGGAGAUUGUGGAAAGGCUUCUCAUUGCAGCCGUGGCAGAUGCUGAUGUUAUCGUUAGAAACUCAAUUUUUGCUGCUCUUCAUGGAAAUAGGGGAUUUGAUGACUUUUUGGCACAAGCUGAUAGUUUGACUGCAAUAUUUGCUGCCCUCAAUGAUGAGGAUUUCGACGUCCGAGAAUUUGCCAUUUCACUUGCCGGGAGAUUGUCAGAGAAGAAUCCUGCCUAUGUACUUCCUGCACUCCGUCGCCAUCUUAUUCAAUUGUUGACAUAUCUUGAACAAAGUGCAGAUAUUAAAUGUAGAGAAGAAAGUGCAAAACUGCUGGGUUGCUUAAUCCGCAAUUGUGAGCGGUUGAUACUUCCUUAUAUUGCCCCAAUUCACAAGGCUCUUGUAGCUAAAUUGUGUGAGGGAACUGGUGUCAAUGCUAAUAAUGGAAUUAUAACUGGAGUUCUGGUGACAGUUGGAGAUCUUGCCAAAGUGGGUGGCUUUGCAAUGAGGCUGUAUAUUCCAGAACUCAUGCCAUUAAUUGUUGAAGCUUUAUUGGACGGAGCAGCAGCUACAAAACGUGAAGUAGCCGUUGCUACUCUGGGUCAGGUGGUACAGAGCACAGGUUAUGUUAUAGCCCCAUACAACGAGUACCCGCAGUUGCUGGGUCUACUUUUGAAGCUUCUUAACGGGGAACUAGCUUGGUCAACCAGAAGAGAAGUUUUGAAGGUUCUUGGAAUAAUGGGGGCUUUGGAUCCCCAUGCACAUAAACGAAACCAGCAAAGCUUGCCCGGAUCGCAUGGUGAGGUUAGCCGUGCAGCCAAUGAUCCUGGUCAACACAUUCGUUCAAUGGAUGAAUUGCCAAUGGAUCUUUGGCCAUCAUUUGCUACGUCUGAAGACUAUUAUUCAACUGUUGCCAUCAAUUCCCUCAUGCGGAUUCUCCGGGAUCCUUCCCUAUCUAGCUACCACCAAAAAGUUGUUGGAUCUCUUAUGUUUAUAUUCAAGUCAAUGGGUCUUGGCUGCGUCCCUUACUUGCCGAAGGUUUUACCUGAUCUUUUUCAUACUGUCCGUACUUGUGAAGAUGGUUUGAAGGAGUUUAUAACCUGGAAGUUAGGAACUCUGGUUUCUAUAGUUCGCCAGCACAUUCGCAAAUAUCUGCCAGAAUUGCUUUCUCUGAUUUCAGAGCUUUGGUCAUCAUUCAGUCUUCCUGCUGCUAAUCGACCUGUACAUGGAUCUCCGAUUCUGCAUUUGGUUGAGCAACUUUGCUUGGCGCUAAAUGAUGAAUUCAGGACUUAUCUUCCUGUAAUUCUUCCCUGCUGUAUUCAAGUCCUAAGUGAUGCUGAGCGCUUUAAUGACUAUACAUAUGUCCUGGGUAUUCUCCACACAAUUGAAGUUUUUGGAGGUACACUGGAUGAGCAUAUGCACCUUCUUUUGCCAGCACUAAUUAGGUUGUUCAAAGUUGAUGCAUCAGUUGAUGUGAGGCGUGCUGCUAUCAAGACUCUUACAAGAUUAAUCCCUUGCGUGCAGGUUACUGGGCAUAUCUCAGCUCUGGUUCAUCACUUGAAGCUUGUCUUGGAUGGACGAAAUGAUGAUCUUAGAAAGGAUGCCGUUGAUGCACUUUGUUGUCUUGCUCAUGCUGUCGGAGAAGACUUUACCAUCUUCAUACCCUCCAUUCAUAAGCUGAUGCUAAAGCAUCGGCUAAGGCACAAAGAGUUUGAGGAGAUUGAAGUUCGACUGCGCAAACGUGAACCUUUGAUCACGGCCAGUGCAGCUGCCCAAAGGCUAAGUCGCCGUCUUCCAGUUGAUGUAAUUAGUGAUCCUUUGAGUGAAAUGGAGAAUGAAUAUGAUGAUGGAGUUGAUGCACAUCGCCAGCUGAAAAGCCAUCAGGUAAAUGAUGGGCGACUACGAACUGCUGGUGAGGCUUCCCAGCGCAGUACCAAGGAGGAUUGGGCAGAAUGGAUGAGGCACUUUAGCAUUGAGCUGCUGAAGGAGUCUCCUUUUCCUGCACUUAGAACUUGUGCGAGACUGGCACAGCUGCAGCCUUUUGUUGGAAGGGAACUUUUUGCAGCCGGUUUUGUUAGCUGCUGGUCACAACUCAAUGAGACCAGUCAAAGACAAUUAGUACGAAGUUUGGAAAUGGCGUUUUCCUCCCCAAAUAUACCUCCAGAGAUUUUAGCAACACUUCUGAAUUUGGCAGAGUUUAUGGAACAUGAUGAGAGACCCCUUCCUAUUGACAUCCGUCUCCUAGGUGCUCUUGCUGAAAAAUGUCGAGCAUUCGCAAAGGCUUUACAUUAUAAAGAGAUGGAAUUUGAAGGAGCACGUUCCAAUAGGAUGGAUGCAAACCCCAUUGCUGUGGUUGAAGCACUUAUUCACAUAAACAAUCAACUACAUCAACAUGAGGCUGCUGUGGGUAUCUUGACCUAUGCACAACAAAAUCUGGGGGUUCAACUGAAAGAGUCAUGGUAUGAGAAAUUGCAAAGAUGGGACGAUGCCUUAAAAGCUUACACGGCCAAAGCUUCUCAAACAUCUAACCCGCAUCUAGUCUUAGAUGCUACCCUGGGACGGAUGAGAUGCCUUGCUGCGCUGGCUCGCUGGGAAGAACUUAACAAUCUUUGCAAGGAAUACUGGACACCUGCUGAGCCUGCUGCUCGUUUAGAGAUGGCACCAAUGGCGGCAAAUGCUGCAUGGAACAUGGGUGAGUGGGAUCAGAUGGCAGAGUAUGUUUCCCGACUAGAUGAUGGUGAUGAAAGCAAACUUCGUAUUUUGGGGAAUACAGCUGCUACAGGCGAUGGUAGCAGUAAUGGGACAUUUUUCAGGGCUGUUUUAUUGGUUCGCCGUGGAAAGUACGACGAAGCACGCGAGUACGUGGAGAGAGCAAGGAAAUGCUUGGCCACUGAGCUUGCUGCUUUGGUUCUUGAGAGCUAUGACCGUGCAUAUAGCAAUAUGGUCCGUGUUCAGCAGCUUUCGGAAUUAGAGGAAGUAAUUGAAUACUGUACAAUUCCGGUAGGAAACUCUGUUGCGGAGGGACGGAGGGCACUCAUCCGUAAUAUGUGGAAUGAACGCAUAAAAGGCGCAAAGCGCAAUGUUGAGGUCUGGCAAGCUCUACUAGUUGUCAGGGCUCUUGUUCUUCCUCCUACCGAAGACUGUGAGACCUGGAUAAAGUUUGCUUCCCUUUGCCGCAAGAGUGGGAGAAUCAGUCAGGCUAAAUCUACCUUAACCAAGCUUUUGCAGUUUGAUCCUGAAACAACCCCUGAUACUUUACGGGUGCAUGGACCUCCUCAAGUGGUGUUAGCUUAUUUGAAAUACCAGUGGUCCCUAGGGGAGGACCAUAAGCGCAGGGAAGCCUUUAUGAGAUUGCAGGAUUUGGCUGUAGAGCUUACAAGGACGCCAAAUCUUCAACCUGCCAUCCAGACUAGCUCAAUUAGUAACUCCAGUGUGCCACUCCUUGCUCGUGUAUAUUUAAAAGUAGGAAGCUGGCAGUGGGCACUAUCUCCUGGUUUAGACGACGAUUCUUCUAUACAAGAAAUUCUUGCUGCUUUUCGGAAUGCUACUCAUUUUGCGGCAAACUGGGCAAAAGCAUGGCAUACUUGGGCGCUCUUUAAUACAGCUGUGAUGUCACAUUAUACUCUCAAAGGCUCUUCGAGCAAAGUUUCUCAAUAUGUUGUUGCUGCUGUUAAUGGAUAUUUUCACUCCAUAGCUUGCGGAGCACAUGCUAAAGGAGUGGAUGAUAGUUUACAGGAUAUUCUUCGUCUCCUUACUUUGUGGUUCAAUCAUGGCGCAACUUCAGAUGUUCAAAUGGCAUUGCAGAUAGGAUUUACGCAUGUAAAUAUCAACACUUGGCUGGUUGUUUUGCCUCAGAUAAUUGCCAGGAUACAUUCAAAUAAUCACGCUGUCCGUGAAUUGAUACAAUCACUAUUAGUAAGAAUUGGGCAGACCCAUCCACAGGCUCUUAUGUAUCCGCUUCUUGUGGCAUGCAAAUCAAUUAGCAAUUUACGUAGAGCUGCAGCACAAGAAGUUGUAGAUAAAGUUCGACAACAUAGUGGUGCAUUGGUGGACCAGGCACAACUUGUCUCAAAGGAGUUGAUCAGGGUUGCAAUUCUUUGGCACGAAAUGUGGCAUGAAGCAUUGGAAGAGGCUAGCCGUUUAUAUUUUGGUGAGCAUAACAUUGAGGGGAUGCUAAAGGUGUUAGAACCUCUGCAUGAAAUGCUCGAGGAAGGCUCUGCAAGAAACGAUACCACAAUAAAAGAGAAAGCUUUCAUUCAGGCAUACCGCCAUGAAUUACAGGAGGCAUAUGAAUGUUGCAUGAAGUAUAGGAGAACGGGAAAAGAUGCCGAACUUACUCAGGCCUGGGAUCUAUAUUAUCAUGUAUUUAGGAGGAUAGAUAAGCAACUUCAGACCCUUACAACCCUGGAUUUACAGUCUGUCUCUCCUGCGCUACUGGAGUGCCGAAAUCUGGAGCUAGCUGUUCCAGGAACCUAUCGAGCUGAUUUACCAGUGGUCACCAUAGCGUCAUUUGCCGACCAGCUUGUUGUCAUUACAUCUAAGCAACGUCCUCGAAAAUUGACUAUACAUGGUAGUGACGGUGAAGAUCAUGCUUUUCUUCUAAAGGGACAUGAAGAUCUACGCCAAGAUGAACGUGUCAUGCAGCUCUUUGGUCUUGUGAAUACACUCUUGGAGAAUUCUAGAAAGACUGCAGAGAAAGAUCUUUCGAUUCAAAGAUAUUCAGUCAUUCCUUUAUCACCUAACAGUGGACUGAUUGAAUGGGUUCCAAAUUGUGACACCCUGCACCAUCUUAUUCGAGAGUAUAGAGAUGCUCGUAAGAUCACCCUAAACCAAGAGCACAAACUCAUGCUUAGUUUUGCACCGGACUAUGAUCAUUUGCCUCUUAUUGCUAAAGUAGAAGUGUUUGAGUAUGCUCUACAGAAUACAGAAGGAAAUGAUCUGUCAAGGGUUCUCUGGUUGAAAAGUCGCACAUCAGAGGUUUGGCUAGAUAGGAGGACAAAUUAUACCAGAAGUUUAGCUGUCAUGAGCAUGGUUGGUUACCUUCUUGGCCUAGGUGAUCGUCAUCCUAGUAAUCUUAUGCUGCAUCGCUACAGUGGGAAGAUUUUACAUAUUGACUUUGGAGAUUGCUUUGAAGCUUCAAUGAACAGAGAGAAAUUCCCAGAAAAGGUUCCUUUCCGCUUAACGAGAAUGCUUGUUAAAGCAAUGGAAGUGAGCGGUCUCGAAGGCAACUUCCGAUCUACAUGUGAAAAUGUCAUGCAAGUUCUCAGAACUAAUAAAGAUAGUGUUAUGGCGAUGAUGGAGGCUUUCGUUCAUGAUCCACUGAUAAAUUGGCGUCUCUUUAAUUUCAAUGAAGUGCCACAAAUGUCUGCUCUUACAAGUGCUCAUAUCCCUGCUGUUGUAAAUUGUGAGGAAAACAGGGAGCUCUUACAGCCUCAACGUGGAGCUCGUGAGAGAGAACUGCUCCAGGCUGUCCAUCAACUGGGAGAUGCCAAUGAGGUUCUGAAUGAGCGUGCCAUUGUGGUUAUGGCACGGAUGAGUAACAAGCUUACUGGUCGUGAUUUUUCUGCUCCAGGGCCAAAUAGCUCAUUACAACAUGUGCCUGAUCAUAGUACCGUAGGAUCUGGUGAUACCCGUGAACCCGAACAUUUGUCGGUAAAGGUGCAAGUUCAAAAGCUCAUUCAACAAGCAACUUCAUUUGAAAAUUUGUGCCAGAAUUAUGUCGGGUGGUGCCCCUUCUGGUAA